AUGGGGUCCCGUCUCAGCCAUCUCCGUACCCAGUUCAUCCAUGAAGUCCACCAGAGGAACAAUAAAUCAACUGACAUCAUCCAGGAGGAGAGCAUCAAUGCUACUGCUGAAGUUCUCAAGUUGGCCUCCAAGUAUAAAGACCUCCAGGAAAAGUACAAUUUCCUAGCCUCUUUAGUUAACAACCAGAGUAUUACCAUAGCACGUUUAGAAGAGCAAUGUAUUCAAACCAGCUCUCGGCACCAGGCUGAUAAGGCUACACAAUCUGAUGCUGAUCCUACUGAUAUAAAGAAGAAACAGAACCGUCAAAUCCAUGAAGAGGAAAGGGAUCACAUAGCUGUCAGGAAAGAAGAUCCUCAGACACAAUCAGAUCCAGUCCCCAGAACAACCUCCAGUGCCCCUGUUGUCACAGAACCAGAGGCCACCAAAUCAACAGGACCAUGGGUGGAUUGUUACGAUGCCUUGCUGGGUGGACAGACGUCAAGCGGCAUCUACCUCCUAAAACCACGUAACAGCAACCAGAUCAUGCAAUCCUGGUGUGAGCAGUCACUCAAUGGAGGGGGAUGGACAGUCAUACAAAGAAGACAAGAUGGAUCAAUCAAUUUUUUUACCACCUGGCAAAACUACAAGCAUGGAUUUGGUAAUUUGGACAGUGAAUACUGGUUGGGCCUUGAGAACAUUUUCUGGUUGGCCAACCAAGACAGUUACAAACUCCUGAUCCUCAUGGAGGAUUGGCAAGGACGGCAAGUGAGUGCCGAAUAUGACCACUUCAGGCUGGAACCCGAGAGUGAUUUCUACAGACUGAGGCUGGGCCAGUAUAAAGGGACAGCUGGGGAUUCCCUCUCUUGGCACAAUGACAAACAGUUCAGUACCCUAGACAAGGACAGGGACUCCUACCUGGGUAAUUGUGCCCAUUUCCAGAAAGGAGGCUGGUGGUAUAACAUGUGUGCACACUCUAACCUCAAUGGUGUCUGGUAUCGUGGAGGUCAUUACCGUAGUCGCUACCAAGAUGGCGUCUACUGGGCUGAAUUUCGUGGUGGUGCCUACUCGCUAAAGAAGGUCUCUAUGCUGAUAAGGCCUAACAAAUAG